AUGCCUUCCAAGCUCGCUCUCAUGGCCUUGUUGGCCGCUGUUCCGGCUCUGGCUGCCCCAGCUGGCUUGACACACAUUACCGAUAUAAAGGACGAGGAGGUGCUUUCAGUCUUGUCGGCAGAUUCGUCUAAACCUGUCAAACGACAAGUCACCUACCCCAAAGGCGCGCUGCAUCUGGAUCAAGGCAACAAAUUGCUAGCAAAUGUUUCGACUGACGGACCCAAGAGCUGGCUCAAGACGUACUCUGAGUCCGACACGGGUAUACAGGCUGCCAAUUGGCUGUUUGACCAAGUCAAGCAGCUCGCUUCCCCGAAUCCAGCCAUCACAGUGACGCGGUUUAACCACAGUGGCUUCAACCAACCUUCGGUUAUUGCGCAGUUGCCUGGAAACAGCUCCAGCCUGGUUGUUGUCGGCGCACAUCUGGACUCUAUCGGGAGCACCCCGACGGGAAGGAGCCCUGGUGCUGACGACGAUGGCUCCGGCACAGUGGUGAUACUUGAGGCUUUGCGUGUUCUCGCCGCGUCUGGCAUCAGGCCCAAAAACACCAUCGAAUUCCACUGGUAUGCCGCCGAGGAAGUCGGCCUGUUGGGGUCUCAAGACGUCUGGGCCAGCUACAAGGCUGCUCAGAAGAGCGUCAUCUCAUACCUGAACCAGGACAUGGCCGGCUACUCUACCAGCGGCACCCCGGCUGUUUUCCAAGACUACGUUGACACCGCCCUGACGCGAUACAUCACCGCCCUCAUCCAGGACUACCUGAACAUUGUUCCGGGUACCUCUAAAUGUGGCUACGGGUGCUCAGAUCAUGCCAGCGCGCGUGCGAAUGGCUUCCCUGCUGCCUUUGUAGCCGAGGACACCUUUGAGAAGUCGAACCCGUACAUUCAUUCCGCAAAUGACACUUACGACAAGAUCAUGUGGCCAACGAUUCUCCUUCACUCAAAGCUGGUUGCGAGCUACCUCUUGGAGGCGUCAUAUAUUUAG